AUGACCCCCCUGCUUCUGCUUUGUGUGUCCUUGCCCUUCAUCUCGGCAACAGUAUUGUUUGAACAUAAAAACCAUGAUGACUUGGAUGGCACAUUGCGUGUCAGCAUCCCUAUGGAGAUGCCUCUCCGUCCUCUGUUGGGCAGCAAGGUAGUGGUACCAUGUUACUUCCAGGACAACACAGUCAAUGAUACCGGAGCCCCGAUCAUCGCUCCGCUCUCCCACCGCAUCAAAUGGACCUACGUCACCAAGGAGAAAGUCACCACGAUCCUGGUGGCGUCAGAGGGAAAAGUUCAAGUGGAGAUGGAGUAUUUAGACAGAGUGACCAUGAUCAACUACCCGCUGGUGACCACUGAUGCAACCAUCGAGAUAACAGAGCUGAGGUCCAAAGAUUCUGGCACCUACCGCUGCGAGGUGAUGCACGGCAUUGAGGACAACUAUGACUCUGUGGACAUCCAGGUUCAGGGUAUUGUGUUCCACUACCGAGCCAUCUCCACCCGCUACACACUGACGUUUGAGAAGGCAAAGGCCGCCUGCAUCCAAAACAGUGCUACCAUCGCCACUCCAGCCCAGCUGCAGGCUGCUUACGAUGACGGAUACCACCAGUGUGAUGCUGGAUGGCUCUCGGAUCAGACUGUCAGGUACCCCAUCCAUGAGCCGCGGGAGCGUUGCUUUGGAGACAAGGAGGACUUCCCCGGCGUGAGAACCUAUGGCGUGAGAGAUGUCAAUGAGACCUACGACGUGUACUGUUUUGCUGAGAAGCUGUCAGGCAGGGUCUUCUACUCCAUGUCUGUAGAGAAGUUCACCUUCUAUGAAGCAGGAGAUCAGUGUGCCAAACUCGGUGCCCGACUCGCCACCACCGGAGAGCUGUACCUGGCCUGGAAGGCUGGCAUGGAUGUGUGCAAUGCUGGCUGGCUGGCGGACAGGAGCGUACGCUACCCUAUCAACAUCGCCAGGCCUCAGUGUGGAGGGGGGCUUCUGGGAGUAAGAACAAUCUACCUGUUCCCCAACCAGACAGGAUACCCCUACCCAGACUCUCGCUACGAUGCUGUCUGCUUCCAAGGUAAAUCCUUCCUGGAGAUUUUAGGGGAAAUCUACUUGGACAAACGAUACAUGUUCAGUGGCUUCUGGGAGCUUCUUUCUGGUGAGGAUGCCGAUGCCAUUCCCGUGAGGACCACUCCUUUUCCAGACAUAAUCCGCAUGACACCCCCCCCUGAGAUGUUCCCAAGCUUCACCCCGAAACCUGGGGCAGAGGAGAUCAAGGGUGGAGAUGUCACCAUCUCCCUACUGCCCGUCCCGCCCAGUAUGACAGACUUAGAUUCUGCCAUGGCUCCCACAGGUGUGGUGUUCCACUACCGACCCAUCACCGGUCGGUACACUCUGACCUUUGUCGAAGCUCAGCAGGUCUGCCAGAGUGUUGGGGCGGUCAUCGCCAGCCCCCAGCAGCUGCAAGCAGCCUACGAGAAAGGCCUGCACCAAUGUGACGCUGGCUGGCUCCGCGAUCAGACUGUCAGGUAUCCCAUCGUGUCACCCAGAGAUAACUGUGCUGGUAAUCUGCCACACCUCAAAGGAGUCAGAUCCUACGGCCUGAGACCAGCUAGCGAACAUUACGAUGUUUUUUGUUAUGUGGAACGUCUGCGAGGUGAGGUCUUCUUCACCAGUGACUAUGACAGCUUCUCCUUUGAGGAGGCUGUGCAGCACUGUCAGAAACUCAACACCACCUUGGCCACCACUGGGCAGCUGUUCGCUGCCUGGAACCAAGGGCUUGACAAGUGCCGUCCAGGCUGGCUGAUGGACCGUAGUGUCCGCUACCCCAUCACAACUCCCAGGUCACACUGUGGAGGCGGUCAGGUUGGAGUUCAAAUGAUCUAUGCCUACCCCAACCAGACAGGAUUUCCUGAUGAGCAUUCGCGUUACGAUGCAUACUGUUUUAAAGCUGAAAUUCCCGUUGUUGACGUUGAACAUGAAACCAGUGUGAAUCUGACGAUUGUGACGGUGGAUGUUAUCACCAAGACAGUCACAGUUGAUCACUUUGCUCCUACAGUUGAAACUACUGUGUACUACAAUGAAACUGAAACCAGUAUGAAUAUUACUGAAAUAGAGGAUUUUAUCAACAAGACAACCAUCCCAACUCAUGAAGUUGCUCCCACUGUCCCUGUUGAUGUGUCUGGCUCUGGUUCAGCUGUUGAUGUGUCCGGCUCUGGUUCAGCUGAUCAUUCAGCCAGCGGGGAGAUCUCAGGGGAGUCUGGCGCCUCCGGUACCAGUGUUGAUGCCUCCGGUUCAGGACAGAACGUCAUCUUCAGCAGACGCACUGAUGUCUUCUCCGGAGAUCACUCUGGCUCUGGAGGUCUGCAGGAGGCAGAAGGGGGAAGUGCUGUCAUCGUCACAUCUGGAGAACUGGGUAGUGCAUCUGGAUCUGGGGAGGGGUUAGACAGAAAACACUCUGGCUUCAGUGUAUCAGGAUCAGGUUUUACUAGUGGAAGUGGGGACAGCAGUGGUGUUUCGAUCAUCAUGGUGGAUGGGAAGAUGAUAGAGGUGCUUAAAACUUCCCAGAACCUCACUGAGCAAGAGGUAGGCCAGGGAGGCAUUGAUAUCAGUGGGGCUUUCUUGGAAUCAAGUACGUCCGGAUCUGGAAGUAUUUCCGGGUCAGGCUCAGGUGAAUUUUCUGGCAUCUCAUUUGUCGACCACAGUACCAUUGAUCAGACAGUCCAACCAUCCGGUGAGCAGGAGGUGUCUGGAUAUCGACCCUUUGGAUCUGGGGUCCACAGCGGCUUUCCCAGUGGUUUUCCAUCUGGUGUCUCAGGCAGCGGCUCUGCCUCUGGGUACUAUGUGCUGCGUCGUGGUGAUGUUGUUUACCUGACAGACAAUGAUAUGAUAGAAGUGACCGAACCGCCACAGGUACGCCACCCUGAGCAGGGACGGGGGUUGGUGGAGGUAAGCGGGGAAGGAAGUGGGUCAGGGAACCAUCAUGAAUUUAGUGCCACUUCGGACCAAAGCUUGCAUCUCUCAGGAAGUGGAGCUCCUCAUGAAAAACCGUCUGCUGAGAAGCUUUCUAUCUUCCUACCGCCUGGAAUGACUUCCACUGAGUACACUGCCAGUCUCGGUCAAUCAGGAAUUGGGGAUGAGGGUCAGGAAACCCGUGCAGGACCUACAGUUUAUGCAGUGACUCCAGACGCAGCCUACGCCAGCCCAACCACAGCACCCUCGUUGUCAUUAGCAACCCCUGCUGCAGUGGAGCAACCUGAAGUAGUGGAAGCCUCUGCAGACCCGUGUGAUCCAAACCCAUGCGGUUCAGGAUCCUGCUCUGUGCAGGGAGAGCUUGCUGUGUGUCAGUGUCCUACUGCUUUCACUGGUGAAGACUGCUCAACACCUGUGCAGGGCUGUGCAGAGGGCUGGUUGGAGUUCAAGGGAAGCUGUUACCUCCACUUUGCGGAGAGAAACACCUGGUCUGAGGCUGAGCAACGCUGUCAGGAGGUCAACGCCCACCUGGUCAGCAUUGGCUCCCAAGAGGAGCAGCAGUUUGUCAAUUCCAAUGGCCAGGACUACCAGUGGAUUGGACUUAAUGACAAAGAUGUGCAGAAUGAGUUCCGUUGGACAGACGGCAGUCCUCUGACCUUUGAGAACUGGAGGCCCAACCAGCCAGAUAACUACUUCAACUCUGAGGAGGAUUGUGUGGUGAUGAUCUGGCACGAGGGCGGACAGUGGAAUGACGUGCCCUGCAACUACCAUCUUCCUUUCACCUGCAAGACAGGACCUGCCACGUGCCGAGCUCCCCCUGAGGUGGAACACGGUCGGCCGAUGGGCAGCGGCAGAGAGCGCUACCCUGUCGACUCUAUAGUCCGCUACCAGUGUGACGCAGGCUACACACAGCGCCACCUGCCCGUCAUACGCUGCAUGCCAGACGGACAGUGGGAGAAGCCACAAGUGGAAUGUACAGAAGCUGGUGCCAACAGCAACAGGCUACACAAAAGAUCCCUCAGGAGAAGAAGUAAAGGGGUCAGCAGCCAACAGGAACAGAGGAAGCUGCUCUGA